UGGAUCAGGUAGGAGGAAUUUACAGACUCACCUGCGGCUCCAUGUGUCCUCCUCCUCCUCCUGCUGCGUGUUUGUUUGUGGAGAAUCUGCUGCUGAAGUUCGUCUGAGGAGUGUUCACCUCUCGCUGCUCAGGCUCUGUCACACCACUUUUCUAAAGCACCUAAAGGGAACCACCAUGAGCAUCCAGCCCCGGAGGAUCCGCCUUAAGCCUUGGCUGCUGACCCAGGUGAACAGUGGGAAAUACCCUGGCCUGCACUGGCUCAAUAAGGAGCGGCGCUUGUUCCAGAUCCCCUGGAGACAUGCCACACGCCACCUUCCUGCCCAGGAGGAAGAAAACACUAUAUUCAGGGCCUGGGCAUUAGAGACAGGGAAGUAUCAGGAGGGUGUGGACGAGCCAGAUCCAGCUAAAUGGAAGGCCAACCUCCGCUGUGCCCUCAACAAGAGCCGAGAAUUCAACCUGAAAUAUGACGGCACCAAAGAAACCCCCAUGCAGCCUUUCAAAAUCUAUGAGGUGUGCGAUCAACCAGUCAAUGGAGAUGGAGGCGAGGAUGAUGAGGAAGAGCUGGCAAACUUCGAGCAACUAUCCAUCAAUCCUCGAAUUGGUGAACCUCCAAGCUACUCUGCAUUCUCAGCAAACCCAGUGGAUCCGUUCCUCCAAUCUAUCAUACCUCCUGAGUUCUCCGGACACAGCCAUAUAGCUGCUACUGUAAAGCAGGAGGAAUAUAUUCUUGGCGACGUUCUUCAAAAUGGACUAGGGAUGGGUCCUGGGGUCAUGCCUCCACCUGUUGUCCCACAUGCAGUCAGUAUUCCAGGGGCCAUGGUGGACAGUCCUAUGCAGGAAGUGCACCCGCAAGCAGAGAGCCAGGUGCAGCCGUGUAUCUCCGACCUGUUGAGCAGUCCUCAUAUGCUGCCUUUAACUGACCUGGACCUGAAGUUCCAGUACCGGGGCCGGUCAGUUGGUUCUCUGACGGUCAGCAAUCCUCAGGGAUGUCGGCUCUACUAUGGUAAUCUAGCUCCUACACCGGAGCAGGUGGAGCUGUUUGGGCCAGUCACUCUGCAUCAGGUGCUUUUUCCCGGAACCGCUGAUAUCCAGAACGAGAAGCAGAGGUUCUAUACAGAGCACCUGCUGGAUGUGAUGGAUAGGGGGCUGAUCCUGGAGAUCCGAGGGCAGGACAUCUAUGCUGUGCGUCUGUGUCAGUGUAAAGUGUUUUGGUCUGGGCCAGGGGUGCAUGAGGAGGGCCCACCUAACCCCAUGGAGAGGGAGCGCAAAAUUAACGUGUUCAGCCUCAACAAUUUCCUGCAGGGAUUAAUCUUGUACCAGAAAGGGGAGGCGCCCAGCCCUCCUCCCUUUGAAAUUUACUUCUGCUUUGGGGAGGACUGGCCUGACCGUAAGCCUAAAGAGAAGAAGCUCAUCGUUGUCCAGGUGGUGCCUGUGGUCGCAAGGAUCCUCACAGAGAUGUUCUCAGGCGAGCUCUCCUGGUCCACAGACAGCAUCCGUCUGCAGAUCUCCAACCCUGACCUGAAAGACCAGACUGUGGAGCAGUUUAAGGAGCUUCACAGACUCCUGCAGAAUCAACACGCUCAGGGCACAUGGCAUCAAAACCUCCAGUAACUCAAGACUGAUCACCCAGGUUCCCUUUAGCAACACCCUGAAUCUAUCAGCUGCUGCAGAAGGAAUGUAGCUGUUUAAAGGGUGCUUUUAACAUCAGCUACGUUUUGUUUGUUGCAAAUACAACAUGAUCGUGAUCAUGAACAGGCGCUCGUGUUCCUGUAUGGUUUUAACUACAUUUGGUUGCUCAAAUCACAUUUUUUUGUUUUGUUUAUCAGAAGCUCCCAUGGAUGCUGUUCAAGGGAGUGAAAUUAAAAAGGUUUUGGGCUGCUAAUAGUCACAGCUGCAUCAGGGUUUAGCCGCAUUGUGUUAAUACUGUGUCAUCAGCACUCGGACUCAGACGUGCUUUUGCUCAUUUGAUUCUAGCUGGACAGCCAUCAAGUCUUGUCUUUUAUCACAUUGAGGAAUAUGGGUAGGUGCUCACAGCAAAUAAAAACCACUAACAUUUCCAUUCAGACUAUCAGACCGACUGGUUUUCAUACGUUUAAGUCUAAGUCUGGCCUCAAUCAGUAUAAAGCGGGACUCAAGUCUCCAACACUAGGGUUAAUCUUUGUCUGGGAGCUUCAUCAGUAUAUUGUGCAUCACUGCCACUAAUGUCUUGUCCAUGCUCUUGCAAAAAAGCCCUUUGUUUUUACCCCGACAUAAAAUGUAUUUGUAUAUGUCUUUUUUUAGCUUAAAUUUGUUCUUUUAAACAUUGUAUUUCAAUAAAUACCGCAGCAGUAUUUUAGGGUGCAGGCAUCACUCGGUUGAUGCUGAUCUGUAAUUCAGUUACUUCUUUGCUUUCCAGCGUUAAUUGUUUUUAAUUUCUUUCCUGCAGUAAAUGUUUUGUCUUUUAAAUUUGAUCUGAAUGUACAGAGAAACAUAUCCUGAACAUACACUAUUACCACUUUUAAGCUCAGUGUCAUGCAAUAUGUGGAAAGUAAGCCAUAUGUAAUGUCAAAUGAUGGUAAUAUAACAUAACAUUCUUUUCAUUAAAUGUAGUAUCAUUUUUACUAACA